AAUUCGACUUAUUUUACAACUCUGCAUGUCUGAAAGCACUAGCUUGAGUUUGAAGGAAUUGGAAAAUUGUCAUAUCUGGGUGAAAGAGAAGCAACUGAACAACAACAAUAAAGAUCACUACAUUUAAAAAGAACAAUUAAUCAUCGAGAUUUUCUCAUUUGGGCCAAAGGUGGGUGUACAGGCCCCGCCCAGGGGUGUCGCCUUAAGAGGUGUGACACAAUUGGGCUAGAUAAAACACUAGAGCAGACUGGGAGACUACGCCAGUGUUCGUCACAUCAGUGGACAGGACACGUUUGAUUUCACUUUCUGUCAGGCUGUGGGGAGGUCAGUAACUCAGGAUGACGCACCAGUUGCCCACGCUCUCCGAGGCGCAGAAGAAGGAGCUACAUGAGACUGCUCUACGCAUAGUUUCUCCAGGGAAGGGCAUCCUGGCUGCAGAUGAGUCUGUGGGCAGCAUGGCCAAGCGGCUGGCCCAGGUGGGGGUGGAGAACACCGAGGAGAACCGCAGAAAGUACCGGCAGAUUCUCUUCAGUGCAGACGAUCGCAUCAACGGCUGCAUCGGAGGGGUCAUCUUCUUCCACGAGACGCUGUACCAGCACUCGGAUAACGGCGUGCCCUUCGUCAAAAUGAUCAGGGACAGGGGGAUCCUGGUCGGCAUCAAGGUUGACAAGGGUGUUGUCCCCCUGGCAGGAACUUGUGGAGAAACCACCUCACAGGGUCUGGAUGGAUUGUCGGAGCGCUGUGCGCAGUAUAAAAAGGACGGAGCCACCUUUGCAAAGUGGCGCUGUGUCCUCAAGAUCAGUGACACCAAUCCAUCUAAACUGGCUAUCACAGAAAAUGCGAAUGUUCUUGCACGCUACUCUAGCAUCUGCCAGCAGCACGGUAUUGUUCCCAUCAUAGAGCCGGAGAUUCUGCCUGACGGAGAUCAUGACCUGAAACGCUGCCAGUACAUCACUGAGAAGGUCCUGGCCGCAGUGUACAAAGCCAUGUCGGACCACCAUGUGUACCUGGAGGGCACUCUCCUCAAACCCAACAUGGUGACGCCUGGACACAGCUGUCCCACCAGGUACAGCCCAGAGGAGGUUGCUAUGGCAACAAUCACCGCCUUGCGUCGCACUGUUCCCCCUGCGGUCACAGGAGUGGCUUUUCUGUCAGGCGGUCAGAGCGAAGAGGAGGCCUCAGUCCACCUCAAUGCCCUCAACAAUUGCCCUCUGGCCAAACCCUGGGUCCUGACGUUCUCCUUCGGCCGAGCCCUGCAGGCGUCUGCGCUCAGGGCCUGGAGGGGGCAUAAAGAGAACGAGAAAACCGCCACGGAGCAGUUCAUCAAGAGAGCAGAGGUGAACAGUCUGGCAUGUCAGGGGAAGUACACAGGUGGAGAUAACUGUAGUGAAGCCAACCCACGUGUUUAUGGAUCCUGUCAUGCAUACUGAGUGUUAUGAAAAGCCACGUUUAAAUUAGAAUUGUGUUCUUCCAUUACCAUUACAAAACAUAUUACAGAGGAAUUGUAAUGUAGAUACUAGAUACAAUAUGUAAGAAUACUGACACUCAUGACGAUGUUACAUGAAAAUAAGUGACAGCGUACUUCCUUGCCUUGACAAAUGAGGACAAUCAGAAAAUGGCCUUGGAUAUCUCUAAUGCAUGUAGCCAAUGACAGUUGUUUGCUUUAAUAAUGUCAUGAGUGUGCAGUAUGAUCUUAAUUGUGAUAAUGACUAAAGCCCUAAAAUCCUGGAUCUACAACUUACUCUUACAAAUACUAACUUGUGUCAUGUGUUAUAAGUAAAUUUAAUUUUGCCUGCAGAACAAUAAUAUUUAUUUGUAUCACAGCAGAAUUAUUUGAAUAGUAUUAAUGGCUGAUCUUUAGUUAUAGACUCACCCACAUGUUAGGUGGAAGUAUAUUCAUGGUGUGCAAAGCUUCUCUGAAUGUGAGUGUGUGGAUUUUUUUGUUGUCUAGCUACAAGGGCAAAUUGAAACACUCGGCACAACAAUGAAAUAAAACUCAGUGUGAAUUUCUUUGUCUUAAAGUCUAGAUGAAAUAGUCAAAUAAAAGCAUUCAAACAAUAAAUCAGUGUUCAGUCAAA